AUGGUGGAUUCAAUGACUCAAAGUGGAGCGGGAACUAUAAAACCCCAUCCUGCCACCUCUACAGCGCAACAUCCCGCCAUCCGCAAAAUGUCCCUCAACUUCGUCACUCUCGAUGUCUUCACAUCAACGCCCUACUCAGGCAACCCUCUAGGCGUAGUCUUCCUCGACUCCCAGCCCAUAAGCCAAUCCCAAAAGCAAAACAUUGCGCGAGAGUUCAACCUUUCCGAAACCAUCUUCGUGCACCCCACCACAGAGCCGACAACACGCACCAUCGACAUCUUCACCACAGACUGCGAAAUCCCAUUCGCAGGACACCCCACCAUUGGUGCUGCGUCCUGGUUCCUCACGCACUCCGCAGAGAAGGGCGUGACUACCCUCGCGACCAAGUCGGGCAUUAUCCCCAUUUCCAUCCAGAAUAAGGAAACAAACUAUGUCGCUGCGCGCAUCGCGCAGAACACGCGCAUUCACAAAGCGCGCUUCGACCGGUCUGAGGUCCUCCGUCUGCAUCCGAGUCUGAAGCCUUUCCUGCCGGAGGGUGUGACGUUCCCGUUGUUCUCGAUUGUCAAUGGAAUGAGUCAGUUGUUUAUUGAGUUGGAGUCACUGGAGGCAUUGGCUGCGGUGACCCCGGCGACUGGCGGGGAAUUGAUCUCUGCUGCUGAGACGGAGUAUUUGGAUGAGGGGUGGAGAGCGGGGUUGGUGUGCGUGUACUUCUUUGUGAGGGGUGUUCAGGACGAGGUUUUGGGCAAGAAGGUCAUUCGUUCACGGAUGAUGCUGGGGACGUUGGAGGAUCCGGCGACGGGGAGCUCGGCGAGUGGGUUGGCGGCGUAUUUGACGCUCACGGAGGGCCAGGCGGGCCAGGCGCAUGAGUAUCAUGUUGUGCAGGGUGUUGAGAUGGGUCGUCGGAGUGAUAUUGGUGUGGAAGUUACAUUGGAUGCGGACAAGAAGAUCGAGCAGGUUGUCCUGACUGGUACUGCUGUGAGUGUGUCUGAGGGUAAGGUGCGAGUUCCCCCGGCUUGA